AUGAGUGAAGAAAAGAUUAAUGGACAUAAAAUCGAUACAGGACUGCCUGCUGGUGUCACGGUCGAGGAAAUAGAAAUCCCGGUGCCAUGGGGUCACGUAGCUGGAAGAUGGUGGGGCCCCCGAUACAAGCAACCGUUGAUCGCUAUCCAUGGUUGGCAGGACAACGCUGGCACUUGGGACAAUCUCAUACCGCUUCUGUCUCCCACCACGUCUGUUCUUUGUAUUGACCUACCAGGCCACGGCCUAUCCUCACACUAUCCGACCGGUAUGCUGUAUUACGUCUUUUGGGAUGGUAUAUCACUUUUACGGCGUAUUGUAAAACAUUAUGGUUGGAGUAAAGUUAGCCUCAUGGGCCAUUCGUUAGGCGGCGCUCUUAGUUUCAUGUACGCAGCAUCAUUUCCCGAUGAAGUAGACAGGAUAAUUUGCAUCGAUAUAGCUAGCCCAGCUGUCAGAGUACCAGAGCACAUGGUCAAAACUACAGGCUGGGCAAUAGACAAGUUACUGGAGUACGAGAAUCUGUCCGAAGACAAAAUACCCUGCUACGAUUACGAGGAGAUGAUCGAUAUAGUCGUCGAUGCAUAUAAAGGCUCGGUGUCAAGAGAUAAUUGCAAGGUGUUAAUGAAGAGAGGGAUGGCACCAACGCCCGCUCAUUUGAAGAAGAAAGGGUAUCAUUUCAAAAGAGAUCCAAGGCUCAAAGUAUCCGGACUUGCGAUGAUGUCAUUAGAAACUGCAUUGGCGUAUGCUACUAAAGUUAAAUGCAAGGUUCUAAACAUUAGAGCGAUACCGGGCCAGAACUGGGAGAGAUUAGAUUAUUACAAAGCGGUGGUCGAAAAACUAAAAGAAACCGCCGAUGUGAGAUACGUGGAAGUUGAAGGCACGCAUCACGUCCAACUGAACUCCCCAGAGAAUAUAGUUGAUAUCCUUGAGGAUUUCUUAGAAGAAUAUUAG